GUGGAGACGUUUUACCUUUUAUUUGGUGUGGGAUGAAAAUUAAGAGUUGAUGUGGACAAAUACUAAUCAUAAAUUAGAGUUGGUAUAUCAGCAAUGGAGAUUUUCCUCUUAUAUUUUAGUAGAGGAGAGUAUCUCCUCUCCCAUGGUUGCUGACGUUUCUGCCACUAAUUUCACAGGAAUAUUAAACACUAACCGACGAGCAUAUUACAUAGCAUUACCCAAAGCUCCAACUUUUGCAUAAACCACAUUUCUAGAGAAUCAGUGAGUCAACCUUUCCACUUUCCCUUCUCUUUAAUGGCGAUUGCUCCACCCUACCUUCGCCCUCUUCACAAAUCUCUGUUCCCGAAGUACCCUUCUCUUUCUCAUGAUUCUCCGUUUCGCCCUUCCCUCUAUUUUUCUUCUCGACCCUUCCGCCUCACUGUUCGGGCGAGCUCCGCUGUCGCUUUGGAACAGGAUUUAAGAACUCAGGCUACUCAGCAGAAUCAAACAGUGGAAACUGAGUUGUUUUCUUGCCCUGUGUGCUAUGAACCACUGAUCAGAAAAGGCCCUCCUGGUUUAAACUUGGAUGCUAUCUACCGGUCUGGAUUCAAGUGUAAGAAAUGCAACAAGUCAUACUCAAGUAAAGAUGUAUUUCUGGACCUGACUGUCACUACUGGAUUGAGAAACUACACUGAAGUCAAACCUGUUAGGACAGAGCUAUUCCGGAGUCCUCUUGUAUCGUUUCUCUAUGAAAGAGGCUGGCGUCAAAAUUUUAAUCUCAGUGGCUUCCCUGGAGCUGAUGAAGAGUUCAGAAUGGCUCAGGAGUACUUUAAACCCGCAGAAGGUGGCACUUUAGUGGAUGUUAGCUGUGGAAGUGGUUUGUUUUCCCGAAAAUUUGCUAAAUCAGGGACAUAUUCUGGUGUUAUUGCACUCGAUUUUUCUGAAAACAUGCUCCGGCAAUGUAAUGAUUUCAUUAAGCAAGAUGCAUCUCUUUUAGCUAGCAAUAUUGCUCUUGUCAGGGCUGAUGUUUCCAGGCUACCAUUCUCGUCCGGUUCUAUUGAUGCUGUACACGCUGGUGCUGCCUUGCAUUGCUGGCCAUCUCCUUCCAAUGCUAUUGCUGAAAUUAGUCGUAUAUUGAGAAGUGGUGGAGUCUUUGUUGGAAGCACUUUUCUUCGUUAUACUUCUUCUACUCCCUGGAUAAUACGACCUUUCAGAGAGAGGGUUAUGCAAAGUUAUAACUACCUCACAGAGGAGGAGAUAGAAGAGGUAUGCACAAAUUCGGGUCUUACCAACUUUUCGAAGAAGGUUCAGCGAUCUUUCAUAAUGUUUUCUGCUCAGAAACCUUGAAGCUGGGUUUGGAUCUUUGAAUAUAUAUAGUGCUUUGAUAUGUUUUACAAUAUUAUUUGGUUAUACAGGAAUCACUAAAAAGAAAACCUUGAAACAGAUUAUAAUGUGGUAAAGAUGGAAUGUAUAGUGCAUGCUCAAUUUCUUAUUAAUGCAAGUGUUGCCUGAUCGACCGAUGAUUGUGUAAAUGCUUUGAAAUACUUAGUUAGUGCUCAAUAAUAUUGAGUAUAUGAUGACAUUGUGGUGAUCUAAAUUAGAUAUCUGACUGCAGUUUCCCUUU